UGGUGGAGUGAGGGUGUGCUGUGUGUGGCUGUGUUCCUCGCUGCCUCGGCACACACUUCUCUACUUCCCUGGAUUGCUUCACAUUGAUGUGUUUUUAUCUAAUCAAACUAGUAGCGGAGCUCACAUGCUACCGCAAACCUGUUUAAGGGUUAACUUGUUAUAAAUGUUAAGGUUACAUUGAAUUAUUGACCAAUAAGUGAACAAUGAUAAUAAAUGCCUUGUUCCGAGGCUGUUGGUUAUGAACGCUGUUAUUAUGGAUGUAACUGAAAGCAAUUCGUCUUAGGAAGGAGUUAAAAAAAAUUUCCCUUGUGAAUCAGGUACAAAUAAAUACGUGGGAUUAUUAAACAACAUUGCAAAGCUCAAAAUUAUCGUAUAAUUUAGUGCUUACGAGAUAUCACGUUAGAUCCAGAUGUGUCAGCACAUCAGUGUUCAUUAUAUACAGGAAACUGGAAAUUAUAUUCACAGGUGAAUUUCUGGCAACCAGUUAUAUUGAAUUAGAUUUAGAGAGACGUGUGAAAAAGUCAUCGGUUAUGUGUAUCAUACAUAACAAUUUGUACAUAAUUUAUUAAUUGAAAACGAAAGUAAAUCAUCACUCGCAGCAAAAUACCGGAGGUAUUAUUGUCUUGUUUAAUGUGUACACAACUUUUUUCUUAAGACAAGAAAUACGAACAUGGGAGCACAAAAUCUUUACAGUGGUAACUGGCUGGUCCCUCGUUGUUGCAGUCUGGGGCUGAAAAAACACAACUGGGCCAGUACACGAGAAAGAAUUGCAAUGUGACUAUGUGAUUGCUGUCUCAGUGGCUGCCACUAGUUGUGGUAUAGUGACUUUAAUCUAGUGAUCCCAGUGUGUUGUCUUCGUAGUGUGAGAGUCACUGUAAACACCAGGCUGGGAGGAGAGUCGUGUACACAUGUACUGAUGUUAGACUGAAUUAUGUUUUAUUGUGUUACUGUCUAUGGUACGAUCAAUCUUGUGGAACUUUGAUCAUCAAUCUACAAAUAUUUAAAUAAAAACAAAGGUGAAAUAUGUUGCUGGAGUACACAGCUGAUGAGAGGCAACAUAGCAACAAAUAAACUGUUCCAGCAGUGUUAAUAACUUAAUUUCAGUUGUCUGUAAAAACCGAUUCAAACCGUGCAAAAAAAAAGAAAAGUCGAACUCUGAAGGAUAAAAAAGGAUUGUAAAUAUUUCUGUUUGUAAUGGUGGGUUAAGCCCGUCAGCCUGGGUCAUCUGUACUCGCCUGGAACUGGUUAAGGUCGCCACCCUGGGUCAUCUGUACUCGCCUGGAACUGGUUAAGCCCGUCAGCCUGGGUCAUCUGUACUCGCCUGGAACUGGUUAAGGUCGCCAGCCUGGGUCAUCUGUACUCGCCUGGAACUGGUUAAGGUCGCCACCCUGGGUCAUCUGUACUCGCCUGGAACUGGUUAAGCCCGUCAGCCUGGGUCAUCUGUACUCGCCUGGAACUGGUUAAGGUCGCCAGCCUGGGUCAUCUGUACUCGCCUGGAACUGGUUAAGGUCGCCACCCUGGGUCAUCCGUACUCGCCUGGAACUGGUUAAGGUCGCCAGCCUGGGUCAUCUGUACUCGCCUGGAACUGGUUAAGCCCGUCAGCCUGGGUCAUCUGUACUCGCCUGGAACUGGUUAAGCCCGUCAGCCUGGGUCAUCUGUACUCGCCUGGAACUGGUUAAGGUCGCCAGCCUGGGUCAUCUGUACUCGCCUGGAACUGGUUAAGGUCGCCACCCUGGGUCAUCCGUACUCGCCUGGAACUGGUUAAGGUCGCCAGCCUGGGUCAUCUGUACUCGCCUGGAACUGGUUAAGCCCGUCAGCCUGGGUCAUCUGUACUCGCCUGGAACUGGUUAAGCCCGUCAGCCUGGGUCAUCUGUACUCGCCUGGAACUGGUUAAGCCCGGCACCCUGGGUCAUCUGUACUCGCCUGGAACUGGUUAAGCCCAUCAGCCUGGGUCAUCUGUACUCGCCUGGAACUGAAGGCGCCUUCUUUCUUUCUAGUCAAUAAGACAAUAUAGAUUUUGUUAAGUGCUCAGUGGACUGGCUUCAUUAACUAACUUUCCAUCAGAAGUGUUCAUCACAAUGGUUCCAUUCUUCGUGCUAAUGUUCACCUGGACACUGCUGAACACCGACGGUGCUACACUCGAGUCUAUUAACACUGGGCCGCUGUUCAUGACUGACGUGGUGAAGGGAGGACGAGCAGAGAUGCCAUGUGACGUGGUGACAGCAGACUCCAGUGACCGUGUUGUGCUGGUACUCUGGUACAAGGAUGGUGUUGGUGCUCCUAUCUACAGCUACGACUCGCGGAAGCACAGUCUCCUGGACGCAAGAAACUGGGCGGACGAGAAGACGCUGGGCGGUCGUGGUCACUUCGACUUGCAGUCGUCACCAGCUUCGCUCGUCUUAGACAACGUGCGGGCCAGUGACGAGGGUCUGUACCGCUGCCGCGUUGACUUCAAGAAGAGUCCCACCAGGAACGCUAGAACCAACCUCACAGUCAUCAUUCCUCCAGACGACCCUGUCAUCCUGACCCAGCAGCAGGGAGGAGCACCAGUCUGGACCAUGGUGGGUCCUUACAACGAGGGAGACACACUCUCUCUCACUUGUGAAGUCAGUGGAGGUAAACCGGCACCCAGGGUCACCUGGUGGAUGAAGGGCGAGAUGAUAGAUGACACAUACGAGUCCCUAGGUGCACACACGGUGACCAACACACUCACCCUGGUGGGACUCUCUCGUGCACACCUCCACGCCGUCCUGGUGUGCACGGCGUCCAACAGUAACCACACUGCUGCCGUCCACACCUCCAUCACCAUCGAGAUGAACUUUAAGCCGCUGUCUGUGACAAUCCUGGCCUCCAGGGAAGCCGUGUCUGCUGGCAAGGAGUACGAGCUGGCGUGUCAGAGUGUGGGAGCACGACCUCCAGCCUCCCUCACCUGGUGGCUAGAUGGUGUCCAGCUGGCCAACACUUCCAUCUCUACUGCGAGCAACGGUAACGUGACGCUAAGUAAACUACUGCUGGUGCCCAGUGACGCUGACGGAGGCAAGUUCUUGAAAUGUUUGGCCGAGUCACCCGUCAUUGACCACCAGCCCCUCUACGACCUCUGGAAACUGGACGUCCAGUACACCCCACAUGUGUACCUGGCGAUGGGUAGCAACCUCAGUCCAAAUGAAAUAAAGGAAGGAGACGAUGUUUACUUUGAGUGCAACGUCAGAGCUCAUCCCUACGUUUACAAGGUCCUCUGGUAUCAUAAUGGAGUGCAGGUGCAACACAACGUGUCUGCAGGAGUGAUCGUCAGUAACCAGAGUCUGGUGAUCCAGAGAGUCCGUCGUCAACAAACUGGUCUGUAUACCUGUGUGGCCUCUAACAUCGAGGGAGACGGUCAGAGUAAUGCAGUCGUCCUCAGAGUUCAAUAUGCCCCAGUGUGCGCCUCAGGACAGGUCCACGUCUACGGCGCCGCUAAGAACGAAGAAGUGUCGGUCACUUGCCGUCUGGACGCUGUGCCUCCCGUUGUUCAUUUCUUCUGGCGAUUUAACAGCAGCGGUGACGUAGUUGACAUCGCAGAGAACCACGUGGCCACACAGGGUCUCCAGUCGUCCUUGUCUUACGUUGCCCGCACAGACCUCGACUAUGGCACUUUACUGUGUUGGGGCAGCAAUGCCCUGGGCAGACAGAAGAUACCCUGCUCAUACAAGGUGAUCGCUGCUGGCAAACCUAAUCCCCCUGAGAACUGUAACCUUACCAACCAGACGACAGAGACGCUGAAGGUUCACUGUGUGCCUGGCUACGACGGCGGCCUUCUGCAGAAAUUUAUUAUGGAGGUUUACGAGGCAGUGAGUCAACGCUUGUUACUCAACAUUACAGAAAAUUCCGCCCCGGAUUUUACCUUGCGGGGGCUCGAACCUGGGACUUCUUACAUCGUGCAUGCUUACGCUGCCAAUGAUAGAGGUUCCAGUGAGAAGCGUUAUCUCACUGGCUAUACUAUUAAAGACGUGGCAGAGAGACGCACUGCUCCAGUAAGACCUCCUCCUGAAGAGUUAGUGGUAAUGACACCCAUCCUGGCAGUGGUGGUAGGAGUGGUGGGGUCGCUGGUGCUGGUGGCACUGGUGGCACUAAUGGUGGUUAACCUCAAGAAAAAGCGACGUCCAGAAUGCAAGACCGUCACACUGCAGUUGCAGACGUCUUUAACUGACACUCGGGACCUCGACGAGAAGAAUCCUGACCUCAUCCCUGCCAACGGUAACGGAGGGGUGCAGAGUCAGAGCCCAACUACCCCAGAGGAAGGUGGCUUUGGCAGUGUCCACGUCUGCGCCUCCGUCCCCUACACCACUACGCACCACCUCCACACAAUACAACACAAGAUAAGACGGAACGAGGAGCUAAUGUAUGCGGAGUUGUCGUUACCUCGAAGCAGCGAGCACUAUCCCACUACUACCACCAUCACUACUACUACUACUAGCAGCUUCUGUGGUCACUAUCCCACCACCACCACCUCCACUAGCAGCUUCUACCGUCACAGGCCAGACUCUACUAUAUACACCCAGGUAGAGCCCGCCUUGCCUGGUGCCCCUGUGUCGUUGGGAGUCGCCCCUGUCAAGAGUGGCCUUGUGAGUGCGGGUGGCCUGAUGGGUGGCAAGCUGGGUGGCAGCGUCGUUUGUGUAAUGGGUGGCAACAUACGUAGCAGCAUGGGUGGAAGCAUCUGUGGCAGUACAGUUGGAAUGGGUGGCAACAUAUGCCCUGGAAACAGCAUAGUAUUAGGGACCAUGUGCCCUCAGGAGCACAUGGUUGGUACCCUGGAUAGUCUGGCUUUCACUACGUCUCCACGUGGAUUUGGGAGUAACCCAGUGACCCAACCCAUGCUGUCAGAGGAAGACGACAAGGCCACAGUUGACAUGCCUCUCGUAAAUGACCACAAAGAGAGUGAAGUGUGACCUCGGUUGACCAAGCUGAUCUUAGUACACUGCCUUCAACCCUAGAGACACUAACCAUUCAUCUCCAACUAAAUCAUCUUUCAACAAGCCGGCCGUAUCCCACCGAGGCAAGGUGACCCAUAAAAGAAAAUCGAAAGUUUCUCUUCUUAAAUUUAGUAAUGUAUAUAGGACAAGUGGUCACUAGCCCCCUUGCUCCCGUCCCAGCUAAAUAUCUAAACACAGUGUUACAUUCCACUGUCUCGCCACUGUGUGUUACUAAGUGACUGAGAUCACAAAUAAAUCUUAUAUAAACUAAAUCAGUCGGUUUUGUGACUUAAAUAUAUGAAAAGUUUGAAUAAAAUUCCAAUGUUAAAUAUUUUUUGUAAAUACGGUAGUGGAAUGUUAUCAUUUUUAGCUGCAAAACUCUGAGCCUCAUACAGAUUUAUAAUUUAAGUUACGUGGCUCUGUGAGUCAUUACAUUUCAAUGAUGUGUCCCGUGGUUUGGUUGGCAACGCACUCGCCUCACAUACUGAGUGUCCGUGGUUCAAUCCACGGCACGGGUGGAAACUUUGAGCAUGUUUCCUUACAACUGUUGUCCCUGUUCAUUUAGCAGUAAGUAGGUACCUGGGUGUUAGUGGAUUGGUGUGGGUGGCAUCCUGGGGAAUAAGAUUGAAGGAUCACAGUGGAAAUAAGACUCGAUGACGCAUUGACUUUCUUGGGCUAUCCUGGGUGGUUCACACUGCCUAUCCCAGGUUAUCCUGGGUGGUUCACACUGCCUAUCCCAGGUUAUCCUGGGUGGUUCACACUGCCUAUCCCAGGUUAUCCUGGGUGGCUAACCCUCCCGGGUUAAAAAUCCAAACAAAUCUUAUCUUAAUCAUAAAGAACGCCAUGUGAAGCCUACAUCAGGCUUAUAAAUUAAUUAUAAUGAACUGCCUGAAGCCCCGAGAGAACAGUUGAAACCCUCGACUGAACAGUUGAAAUGAACAGUGGAAACCCUCAACUGAACAGUAGAAACCCUCGACCGAACAGUGAAAACCCUCGACUGAACAGUUGAAAUGAACAGUGGAAACCCUCGACUGAACAGUGGAAACCCUCGACUGAACAGUUGAAAUGAACAGUGGAAACCCUGGACUGAACAGUGGAAACCCUCGACUGAACAGUUGAAAUGAACAGUGGAAACCCUGGACUGAACAGUGGAAACCCUCGACUGAGCUAAAGUAAACCACUGAAUCAAUUUCGUAAAAUUAUCGAGUCAACGAAGUGUAGGAGAAAAAUCAACUGAGAGUGAUAUUCGUAAAUUCUUGUAAAAUUCUUGUAAAAAAACUUGUAUAAAAAUUGAAAUAACUGAGUGAAAGGAACUUUGAGUAAGACAAUGAACCAGUGGAAGGAAUUUUGAGUCUUCAUAGAGAAGAAUUAUGUUUUGUUUUCUUCCGAAACUGAGAA